CUCUCUCUCUCUCUCUCUCUCUCCCGCCCGCUCCCUGUCAGUCUCUCUCUCUCUUCAACAGGACACACGUCUCAACUGACGGCAGCAAAAUGCAUCUGGCAAAUUCUUUUAUCAAAGGCCUCGUUAAUGUUGUGAGCAACAUCGACCCGGCUCAGUUUAAGCCUUCAGCCCCUCCCCCUCAACGCAGGCCUUUGAACUUCGCCGAGUCUCAGGACACCGAAGAGGACAAACAGUUUCGUCGAGUUUUCCAACAGCUGGCUGGAGAUGACAUGGAGGUGAGCCCCAAUGAGCUGAUGACCAUCCUCAAUAAAAUCAUCGGCAAACGUGGAGACCUGAAGACGGACGGUUUCAGCAUCGAGUCCUGCAGGAGCAUGGUCGCUGUCAUGGACAGCGACAGCACCGGUAAACUGGGCUUCGACGAGUUCAAGUACAUGUGGAACAACAUCAAGAGAUGGCAGGCUGUUUACAUGAAGUUUGACGCCGAUAGGUCCGGUACGAUCUGCUCUGAGGAACUGCCAAAAGCCUUCCAUGCUGCAGGUUUCCCUCUGAACGACCAGCUCUUCAAGCUGAUCAUCCGUCGCUAUAGCGACGAGCACGGCACCAUGGACUUUGACAAUUUCAUUGGUUGUCUGGUGCGACUGGACGCCAUGUGCAGAGCCUUUAAAACUCUGGAUAAAGAUAACAGUGGCACCAUCGACCUGGACAUAAAGGAGUGGCUCCAGCUGACGAUGUAUUCCUGAAGCGGCGGCGGGGACGUUCUCCACAACAACAGCGUCGUCUCGUCUUUCAUCUCGUCCCUUUCUCCGUCUCAUUACACGUGUCCAUGGGCGUGGGUUUAGUCUCAACAUGGGGGGGGGGGGUUGUCCCCCAAAAGGUUUUAAGAGAGUCUAAAAACUUAAUUUGCUGCAUUUAAAAUAAGAAAACUCUGAAAAGGUUCUGGCAGUGUAUAACUUCUGGUCCAAUCAUCUCCAAAUACAUUCUUAGAUUAUCAUAAAAACACAUGAUUUCAACAUUUUACUGUUACUUUAAGUACUUUAAAUCCAUUUUGCCAAAAACCAGAUGUGAAAA